UAAUGCAAAUACGAUAUGGAAAAGGAGAACGGAGAAGGGAGGGGGGACCGGCAAUGGCUGACGAUGCCUGGGAUACUGGCGCAGAUCUUGUUGCCAGGGCAACGGCGUCACUUGUUGCGUUCGCGAGCUCGCCAUGCAAAACUGUCUCCUCCACCUCCAGCGAUUCGUGCAGAUGGGAUUCUUGCAGAAGAAAUGUCGAAACAGGGUCCACACUUUCCUUUACUUGCACCAUGGGAGAGAAAUGCAAAUUCAGUGUUGAAAUCUCACCUUCUGCAAGCCAAAGAGAUGCCUCCAGACGCUAGCGUAAACAGAGCAGACCAGCUAGAAGACAGGCUUUGGAUCCACGAAAAGAAGGCAGCGACUCUUGCCGAGCAGGCAUUCCGCAUGAAAGAAGAGAUUGCUGACAGUCUACGAGAUAUGCAAAGCAAGGGUGCGGCAGAACAGGUGGCUCGACAGGUCCUGGAGGAGCACAUUCGCAAGAUCACUGCCAUUGUGAGGCAGCUGAACAGAGAUAUUGUGGUUUUACAAGAGCAGAUCAUUGCAAGGGAUAAUGUGAACCUGGGAAACAACGCAGUAGUCAAGAAUCUAGAGAUGCAGCACAUAUCAAGUCUGGGUGACCUGCGUGGGAGAAUAGCCAGGUGUGAUGCCAGCAUUGCCAGGUUAUCAGCUGAUCUCAAGUCAACAUACGAAGGCAUUCAAAAUUUAAGUAACGAGCAGAAAAGCAAUAAAGAGAUUUUGGAGACCAGGAUCAAGGACACUGAAAAUCAGUUUAUAAGCCGAAUUGAAUUCUGCAUGGCGCAGCACGAUGCUAAAAUGAAAAUGACUCAAGAAAGCGGCACUCAUCAGCUCCAGCUAUUUGACUCCAAGGUCAAGAAAACAGCAGAUGAUUUAAAGGCACAAAUUGAUGUUUUGCAAAUGUGGGUGGAAAAGGAACAAAAAAGAACCGUCAUGGAAUUCCUGCAGAAGACUGAACAAAUGUCAUCUUUUCUUAAGAACAGAAUGGAGAGCAGUGAGAAGGCUUUAGAGGACAAGUACAAUAAACUCUCUAUGAAACUCCAGAAGAUGAAUGACACACAGAAAAUGAAUUCGGGGUCACAGAGUGCAAAACAAACCGAAGAAAAGCUGAACACCAGAAUUGGCAAGAUAGAAAAACGGCUGUGGGACGAAAUGCAGAACAUGAGAGAAGAAACCAACUCUGGUUUUACCGCCAUUCAUGAAAGUCUGUGCUCUCUGAGACAAAUAAUGGAGACAAAAGUGAAAAUCGAGACAACGCAGCUGCAGAAGCAGAUUCGGCAGGUCAAGAUGAUGGCUCAGCCCAUAUGGAGGGAUUCUCAAGGAUGAAAGAAAGAAGAAGAACAACAACCUGGGGCAGAAGAUCAAUGGAAUGAUUCUUACCUGACAACUUACCGUAGGGAUCUGGCUGGCAUAUGAGCCUUGUAUUUCAGUCUUCUUUUAAACAGAUUGAAUAUGAAUGCAUGUUAGCAACAAAAGAGCCUUCAAAAUCACCAGGAGGAAGGGGCAGAUGUCUGCUGUGGACAUUAAGACAGAGCUCUGCAGAACUGAUCGUGGAUGUCAGUCUACAAGAUGUCAGAUCAAGGCUACAGAUUCCCACCUUUGAUGAUAAAACUUGGGGCAGCCUUUGACGUGUUUGGGAGUUUGUUUUCUUCUAGAUGCCUCGGAUGCACUUUAUUCUUGAUUGUAAUGUCUGCAUCUGCUGUCGUGUAAAUGCAAAUGGAUUGUUAAUGUGAAAUGCUGUGAAAUGAAUUGCUUCGUAAAACAAUGUGCAUUGGUGCACCGGGUCUGGCUGUUUCAUUUCAUUACAGAUUGACUUUUUCAUUUCUUUUUUUGAUGACUUGCAGUCAUCAUGCCAGAUAAUAUAAUCUUGGUACCGUGCAACCCUCUCCUGUAUGAGCAGGUUGGAAAAUGGAUGGAUGAACAUUCCCCAUAAGACACAAACUGAACGUGUGAUAUUAUUAUAAUAUUGACAUUUUCACUAUUUUAGCACCAUGAAGAAGCUUCAUUGUGACAAGUUUAGCUUGUAUUCCUCUCUGAUAAGCUAAAUUGCUCAGCAUUUUUUUGUUUCCAGCCUAAAGACUUGGCCUUAACCAUCUACCAGAGGAUCUCAGGUGCAAUGCCAAAAGAUGUCGCCUUCACCUUUCCUCUAUGGUGGUCUCCUCUCGGCUUAGUGCUUGGCUCCUCCUCAACGGAUUUUAGGCCUGUGCUGCUCCCUCUACCAUUGUCUUCUCUCUUGUCCUGAUUCAGAUCCUUCAUCUUUCUUCCUCCUCUGUUCCUCUCAUUUGCUUUAAAAUCAGUCCCUGUGGUGGCUCAGUGCUGAAUCCCCUCAAGUCCUUUUCUAACUUUGCUCCAUGACAGUAUCACAAGAUUAUUACAAGUGCUAUUUUGAAUUCUUAUUGCUGUUUUAUUCAUUUGUUUAUUUUCUAGACCACUUUGCCAGUUCAGGAUCAUUAUUAUUUUUAUUGCUUUGAUUUUUUAAAAUUAUUAUAUGGUUGUUAUAUUUAUUAUAUCGCCAAAAUUAUUCUAAAUUUUUACCAUCAUUUUACUGUUAUGUUUAUUAUUUUUAUUACUGUGUCAUUGCCAAAGUAUUUCACUGUUACAGUUUUAUUACUAUUCUUAUUUUUCAUUCUUGCAUUGCUGUCAUUAUUAGAUUACAUUAGAUAAACUUUAUCAAUCCAAUGGGAAAAUUCAAAAUCAUUAUUAUGAUGAACAAAGUGUAUCAAAUCAAAAAAAGUAAUAGUUUAAUUUUUACUAUUGCUUUAUGAUGAUGAUUUUUGAUAUCUUCUGUUGCUGUUGUGUUGCUAUGCAUGCAUAUUUUUAUAUUACUGAUGCUCUUAUUUGGACUUUUAUCACUGCUUUUCUUGUUAACUCCUAUUAUGUCUGUUGUUAUAAAUAUAUAGUAUGAUGAUUGUUGCUAUCGUUCCUCUAUUUAUGCUCUCAUUACUUUGCUG